AGGGCAGCGCGGAGCGGAGCGGGGCGCAGCAGGAGCCAUGGGGAAUCGUGUCACCCGCGACGACUUCGAGUGGGUCUACACGGAGCAGCCCCACACGCAGCGCAGGAAGGAGAUCCUGGCAAAGUAUCCAGAGAUCAAGACUCUGAUGGGACCAGAUCCACAUUUAAAGUGGAUUGUAUCUGCAAUGGUUUUCAUGCAGCUGCUGGCAUGCUACCUGGUGAAAGACUUAUCUUGGAAAUGGAUUUUCUUCUGGGCUUAUGCUUUUGGGGGUUGCAUCAACCAUUCCCUGACCCUCGCCAUCCAUGAUAUUUCACACAACGUGGCCUUUGGGAACAAGCAGGCCAAGUGGAACCGAUGGUUCGCAGUCUUUGCCAACCUGCCCGUUGGCAUCCCCUAUUCUGCCUCCUUCAAGAAAUACCACAUUGACCAUCACCGGUAUCUGGGAGGGGACAGCUUGGAUGUGGACAUUCCCACAGACUUUGAGGGCUGGUUUUUCUGCACUCCGCUUCGGAAACUGCUUUGGCUGUUCCUCCAGCCUCUGUUCUACAGUCUGAGACCACUGUAUGUGAACCCCAAAGCAAUUACACGGAUGGAAAUUCUUAACGCUCUCGUCCAGUUUUCUGUAGACCUCAUCAUUUACUACCUGUGGGGGCUCAAACCCGUUAUUUACUUAAUAGCAGGUACAAUUCUUUGCUUGGGUUUUCAUCCCAUUUCUGGACACUUCAUAGCAGAACACUACAUGUUCCUAAAAGGAUAUGAGACAUACUCUUAUUAUGGACCUCUGAACUGGCUCACCUUCAAUGUAGGCUACCACAUGGAGCAUCAUGACUUCCCCAGCAUUCCUGGAUGCAGAUUGCCCAUGGUGAAGAAGAUUGCAGCAGAAUAUUAUGAUAACCUCCCACAUCACCAGUCCUGGAUUCGAGUUCUGUGGGACUUUGUUUUUGAUGACACUCUUGGUCCUUAUUCAAGGGUUAAGAGACGGUGCAAGCUGGCAGAGGAAAGCUAACGGGGUAGCUCCGCCUGCUGAAGUGGUGUGUGUUUGUUGAUUCCCAUGACUCCAGAUUUCUGCAGAAACAGAAGGAUCUUUGUGUGUGCUGAAUUAAAGUUGGUGUAUGCUGCUUAUGCCAAGAGGAUGGGUGUGAAAAUGAAGCAAUUUUAGACAACUGAUACUUUUUAAUAAAGGAUAUUUGUAUAAAUAACCCUCAGAACCCAGAUUAGAGUGACCUAUGAUGAGGUGAACCUUUGAUCUAGGCUUAGAAUUAAACUUCCUGGGACAAUUUAGGCCUAAGCCCAAGUUUUGGCUUUGUCUACAGGGGAGAAUGUUUGCUGUGUGUUACGUGUGAGCGUGUGUGUGUGUGUAGUUCAGGACUGGUUUCUCUUGAUGCCAGAUUGGAAGUAGAUGCUCUGUGUGCACAGGAGUGUGGAAGCAGGGAAGACUGGCAUGCAGAAGUAAAUGAUACUCUCUGGUAGGUGAGGGUGCUUUUAGCUCAAUGUCUUGUCUAAUCCAGCAGAAAUUUUAUAUAUGCAAUGGAAUAUGUUUAUAUUUUUGUACAUCUCAAACAUUACUUUAGUAGCUGCUAUUUGAUCUUUUUUUCAGGACUUUGUCUAAAACUUUUCUGAAUGAAUUUCUAUUCUUAGGAUCUAAUACUAUUGCUAACUGACAGAUCUGAACUGUGGCAAGGAAAAAUCCUUUCUUUAGUCUUCCACCUACCUUCUGAUCAGCAGCAUGGAUGUGCCUCUAGAGGAACUGGGUGGAGGUUUCUCAUUCACAUUUUCAACAGUAUUCAUAACUUCAUGUAUCUCACCCUUUUCCGUACUGCAAGUUUUCUGGGGAAAGGAGAAGUUCUAGUUUUAAUUUUUUCCUUGCCAAGAUUAUUAGCAUUAGCUAAUAAUUAGCUAAUAAUGCCUAUUAGCAUUCCUGGUCACCUUUCUUGGUCUCCUCUGUAUUACACCCUUUUCUGCACAUGGCAGAUAGGAGUAUGUGUCAGUGAAGACGUGGAGAUGUCCUCAUCUUCAUGGUGGUAUUUGUUCCUAACUGCUUUCAGAAUAAUGGCAUUUUUUUUCCUCUGUCAUUCAAGGGGCACAACUUGACAUUUGGGAAGCACAUGAUACUCCAGCUAUAUAAAACUGACACUGGUGGUAAGGGGAUGUACCUGGAACAUGGAGAUCAGGUCAUUUCUCUCUAUGUAUCUCUUACUUGGUGCUACUGACAUUAACCUUCAUCUCUCAUUUCUACCCACUGGAAUACUAAAAUCUUCCUGCCUGUUCUCCAAAUAUAAACUUCUGGCUGUCCUCAAUAAUUCUGUAUUAAAAUUAUGUAUCAAAAACCUUAAUCAACAUAACAUUUCUCCAAGCAGAACAAUACCUUGGGAGUUAGGAAUUCAGAUGCCAUCUAGUAAAUUCCCUCUACCAUGGAAAGCUGGCAAAAUAUUACAUUUACAUACUACAAAAAUAUUACAAAGUGGUUCAAAGAGAGAAAUUAUAUAUAUAUAUAUAUAUAUAUAUAUAUAUAUAUAAUUGCCCUGUAAUCCUCUAACAGUUUGGGGUUUUUUCUUCUGGAAAUCCAUGACUGUAACAAAGAAAAAUAUUAUUGGUCCCUCAGAGAUGUGAUUAGACUUGGGAAGCCUGAUUUCCUCACUAAACAUGACUUGUUCCUUCCUUCAGCAGCUCUGGAUCCAGUGAGCCAGUCUGUCUGCUCACUAGGCAGCUGAGCUAACCUGCAGCAAUUUGGGUUCCUCCUUCAUUUCCCCAUUCUCCAUUUUUCUCACCCAUGUGAUUUUGGCAGCUGGGUAAAUAAAUUCCCAGGCUUGCUCAGCAGAUCAAGAUCAUACGUAAUACAGGGGCUGAACACCCUUGGUUGGUAUUGGUUUAUUUACCAAUACUGUUUUGUGUUUUUGGAUAAGAAGAGUAAGAAUGGGGCUUCUUUCAGUAUUUCAGCCUUUGCUGGUUCCUCAGUGAUGAACAUACUUAAGACAUUAUAUCUUAUUAGAGCUGCUUUUCUCCCAAAGGAAGAGGCGCUGGUGUGGGAACUUCUAUUACCUUUGUAUCAGUGCUCAUGUCAUGGAAUUUCAGUUUUUUAUUAAUUUACUUCAGAUUUGUUGGCAUUCUGAUCACGUAUUCAACUUCCCAUGUCUUUAGCAGCUGCUCCUCAACUCUCUUGUCCAAUUUAAUAAGUUAAUAUAAAAACCACAAUAAAGAUUAUGCUCUCUUCCUCAA